GCUCCCGGAGAAACAUUGCAUGCUGCAGCUCGGUUGUUCCUGGGAGAGUCUGUGCGGUCCUCCUGAGCUCUGAGUGGUGCUGUCUCGCCGCCGCCGCCCUGUGAAAACUGCCUUCCAUUGCAUUUCUCCUUCCAACCAACGGACUAACCAGGCCCCUCGCAGCCGCUUAACGGUGGCCCAGAGGCGGGCUGAGUUCCCACCACAGACCCGGCAGGUGUAGUAGCGGUGGUGGUACACCGGAGGACAGCGUGCACCACAACACACCCCCUCCUCCCCCCGUCUUGGUUCUGGAUUUACGGACUGCUCCGUGGGAAAAGCCCGGGAUGUGACGAAAUCCUAAUCAAAGUGCGACACAUGCACACAAGCCCAUGCACACCAUAAACAGGGCCUGUUUUGCGCUGCAACUUUGCGGUUUUUUGUUGCCUCUCUGCGGGAAUUUAAAGGCAGAUAAUCGCAGGUGAGGCUGGGGGAUUGUUAUCUGGGGGGAGCGUGACGCGCACUUCGCAGCAGCAGCAGCAGCAGCCCCUGCGCUGUCAGACGAGGAAGUGAGGCUUCAUACACGCCCAUUUCAGCCUGUCGACCCUGCUGUAAAAAGCACAGAGCCGCUCAUCAGAUAACAGCAACAGACUUUCUAAACAUGCGUUCACUUUCGGGUGGACGACACCGGGAAUAACCUGCAGGACGACGCCGAUUUCAGCGGUGCGUUUAAGUGUUGAAGGAUGGACAGGGAGCUGUUACGUCCGAGCCAAUCAGAACACAGAGAAGCCUCCAAUGGAACCAGCCUUCAGACUUCCACCGCCACCGCCACGGCCGACACCUCGGCCCCUGCGACCCCCACGCCACCUCGGCUCACCCCCAACCCGAUGCUCCUGGACUCCCCCGCGCCCACGCUGACGCCCACCACCUCCUCCCCUCCUCCCCCUCUCACCCCCGCUCCCUCCGUCUCCACAACCCACGUCCUGAAGAUGGCGGCGGCGGCUACGGCCGGCGCUCCGUCCCCCCACAUCCUCGUCCCCGCUCCCCCUAAACUCACCUCCACCGCAAGCCCCGCCCUCCGCACGUACUCUCGCCCGAUCCUUCCAUCGCCAGCGGGCGCCUCCAAAGCACCUACCACACAGACCUCCUCCUCCCCUCUUCUCCCUCCUUCCUCUUCUUCCUCUCCCGUCAGAGCCAGCGUCACCUCGCCCCUGCUCUCUUCUUCCUCUUCAUCGCACAGCAUCACCGCCACGUCAGCCAAGACCUCCAGCAGCCUGACCAAUGGGAACACAAGGCCUGUAUCCAUGUCGACCUCCACACCGAUCACGCCCUUUCACACACCGGCCAGUCCACCUGGCAGACAGGUAUCACACACUCAUCCUGUGGGCACACCUGGUCUGGUGCGAGCCAAUCCGAGCCCCUCCCUUGUGAAGCAGAGGGUAUCCCAGCAGACAUUGCUCCUAGGGAAAGGUCUCAAAGGGUCUGGCCAAGACCAGGUGCUGCUUAGAGCUCAGAUGCUGAUUCUUACGUCUGCUAUGCGACCUGCCCUGUCCUCCUCUUCCUCCUCUUCCUCUCCCCCUUCCUCUAACCCUGCCUCCGCUCAGCUCCAGAGUCUCACCCUGAGGCCUCCUCCCCCAGGGGCCCUCACCAUCCCCCCCUCCCUCCGCCUCAAGCCCCCCAGCUCCACCCCGCCCCCCCUCUCUCGCCCUCAGGCCCCCCUCUUCCCCCCUCUCAGGCCGCGCCCGCAACCCAGCGCCACGGCAACGGAGAGCCCCAGCACGCCCAGCCGCCACCUCUCCGUCCCACCUCCAACUUUUUACUCUCCGGUCCGAGCCGUCCCUCUGAGACCCAGACUUCACUCUCCAAACGGCCACAGAGCGCCGUCGCCACGGCAAACCUCAACCCUCCAACCGAUCGCUGCCGCCCCCACCUGUCAGGCCUCUCCCGUCAGCCGGCCGCUGGCCGGAAUAAAGAGCUGUCCGUUAACUAAAACCUUGCUCGGGCCCGGCCAAUCCCAGCACGGGUCGUUGUCCGCGACCAACCCCGUGUCCGCUUCUUCCCAUUUCGAGCGCUCGCCGUCUGCGGCCAGGCAGCUGCAAAUCAUCGCCCUCUCUCGCCAAACGCAACCUUGCACGUACGCCCCCGCCGUGCAGCCGGCGCCUUCUGUCGUAGAGUCGCCCGAGCUGUCCGCUCAGUCAAAGAGGACGUUGAGCGCUGAAGACUCGCUUCCUCUUCCUCUAAACCCACCAUUGCCAAAAACUGCCUCUCCCCUGCCCUCGCCUCCGUCUCUCCCGAGUCCAGCAUCCCCUCCGAGUCAGUCGGGUCCUCAAACACAAACUGUGAGCCAGAAAGGAGAGGCGAAGGAGAGCGACGAGCAGCGCGAGAGAGGACGAGGGCUACGCCAAGGAGGCAGCGUCGGUAGAGACCCGAGGGAUGACCAAAGAGAGAAAGCGAAGGAGGAGAAACCGAGGCUUCCACCCGAGAAGGAAGGAAGCGCCGCCAGUCAGAUGGAACAGGAUGUCGAAACAGGCAGAGAGGAAGAACAAAUGGAGGUGACCGAGGAAGGCCAGAGGGCAGAAAGAGGCAAGGAGAAAAAGAUGAUGGAGGAGGAGGAAGAAGAAGAAGAAGAGGAGACCGCCAUGGACCAGUCUGAAAACCUGACCGGUCAGAUUCUCCAUCAGCACAAGGACACGGAUCCGGUCCCGACGCCUGACGCCGUUAAAGAAUCCAGCAUGGAACCAAAACCCAUCCUGGGACUCAUUUCAGCUCCAGCCCCAGCACCAGCCCCAGUACCAGCUCCAGUAACACUCCCAGUGACAGCCACAGUAACACUCCCAGUACCAGCCCCGGUAACACUCCCAGUACCAGCCCCAGCAACAACUUCAGUCCCAGCCCCAGUAACACUCCCAGUACCAGCUCCAGUACCAGCCCCAGUAACAGCUUCAGUCCCAGAGGUCUCUGUCCAGAGUCAGAGGCUACCAGAUUCCCUGCAGCCGGUCAUCCAGGAGGACUUCUGUGAGAACAUGUCGACGCAGUCUGACAACCAGUCAGCGUUGUCCAGCCUCUCCUCCCAGUCUCCCCCAUGCUCGCCCUUAAUCUCCCCCUCGGGGGAAAACCCUCCCCCCCUCCUGCCCGCUCAGACCGCCCUCCCGACCGCGCUCAGCCUAUCGCACCACGAGGUGGAGAAGGUCGACAAAGCGGUCGGCGAGUCCCAGCACCCGGCCGGGGCCGAGACCGAUACGGAGCCCCUCGGCCAAUCUGGAGACAAGUCGGAGAGCUUCGGCCAAUCGCAGAGCAGCCCCUGGGAGAUGAGGGCGUGGCCUGAGGGGCACCAGGUUCUGACUCACCUGGUGGAGGGAUUUGUCAUCCAGGAGGGGCUCCAGCCAUUUCCUGUGAACCGCUCGUCCCUGCUGGUUCCAGAGCCGGUGACCAAACCGGAGGAGGUGAACGGGACCAAUGGGAGCGCGGCGUUGCCUGUGACGGACACAAAGAAACAAGCUGCGCCCUCCACGGAGUCGGAGGGGGAGGAGGCAGGAGACACGGACGACCCCGCCAACAGGUCGGCCCACAGGGACAGGACCGUGCUGCACUGUCAGUUCUGCGGGAAGAGAGGCCAUGCACACAACUUCAUGCGGUCCAAGCGCUUCUGCUCCACUUCCUGUGCACGCGGGUUUAACGUUCGCCUGACGAAGCGCCUGCGGGCUCUGAGUGCAGGUAGUCGGUCCGAGAGGCCCCGCCCGGCCCUGAACAGGGCCGAGUCUGUUCCCGGGAAGCCUCUUUUACUGCGACUGCCUCGUGAUCUGUGGAGCGCCGGGCGGCGCGAGAAGGAUGGGAAGGAGAAGGUCGCGGCGGAGGAAGAGGAGGAGGAAGAAGAGGAGGAGGAGGAGGACAUGGAGGGAGGAGGGGAGGAGGAAGACGAUGACGGCGGGGAGGAGGAUCCUGCUGUUGCCAUGACAGCCAGGAUGGAGCGCCGGGCGACGCGGAGAGCGAGGAGGGCGUCUGCGCCCGCGUUGACCAACGCCUCGACUCCCAGCAGCACGUUCAAACCCGCCCCGUCCCAGUGGAGCGUGGAGGAAGUGACCGCCUUCAUCCACACGCUGCCAGGCUGCGGCGACGUGGCCGAGGCUUUCCGGCAGCAGGAGAUCGACGGCCAGGCUCUGCUGCUGCUCACCGAGGACCAUCUGAUGACCAGCAUGAACAUCAAACUGGGGCCGGCGCUCAAGAUCUGCGCUCACAUCAACGCGCUGAAACACCAGUGAGAGAGAGAGAGAGCGAGAGCGAGAGCGAGAGGAUAACAGAUAACGGACCGAUGCACAGAAACAGAGGAAGUCAGGGGGCGGGGGAUGUGGAAGGAAAAUCAGAGAAAUAGGAGAGAAAGUUAGACGUGAAAGGAAAGGAGAGAGUUUACGAAAAAAAUAAAAAUAAAAGCUGACACCAAGGAUGACAGAACAAAGUCACAAAAAGAGAUUUGCGGUAAUUUAUGAGAUUCUAAAUCGGAGGUGUGGCCUUAGGAGACGGGAAGAGAAGACACCAGAGUCUUCAUCAGAAACUUCAUCGGUUUUGGGUCAGAGGAUUUUUGUAACUUUGUGUACAUUUUACAUGCCGCUGGAGAGUGUAAAUUUGAAGCUAUUUCAUGAAGGAUUUUGAACAUUUAAUAUAUAAAAUUUGUCUAUUUAGUUUUUUUUUUUUUUUUUUUAGAAACGUGACGUCAGCGACACAUCUAUCCAGUAGCUAACAUAACCGGUGUGUGUAAAAACAAAAAUAAUAACAAUACGUAGACUUUGUUAGUGAUUUAAUGAAAGUUUAAUGUUUUAUAUCACUAUAUUCUGGACAAAAACAUGUAUGUGGAUUAAAUAAAAAAAAGAGAGAGAGCGAGAGAGAGUCACUAUCAGGGUAGAGACUGGUGUCUUUAAUCGUCACAUUUUUAUGGUAUCAUGCUUGAAAUUAUUUAAUAAAUGAAUAAUUAAUCAAA